AUGAAGUGGCUGCUAUUACUAUUUGCAUUGACGGCGCCAGCCCUCGCUAAGUCCCCAACUGGUGGUUAUGCCCCAGGCAAGGUGGACUGUCCUAGUGGAUCGCUUGUAAGGAAUGCCCAUAACCUUUCGGAAAGCGAAGCUGAGUGGGUGGCCGAGAGAAAUAAGGUCACCGACGAGAACCUUAAGCAUUUCUUGAGCGAGUCGAACAUGGACGAUUUUGACGUGGACGAGUUCCUCUCGAAUACUACCGAUGGAAGGUCCAUCAAGAUCGGUGUGGCUUUCUCUGGUGGUGGUUAUAGAGCUAUGUUGGCUGGCGCUGGCCAAAUGGCAGCGUUGGAUAACAGAACUCGUGGUGCUAACGAUAAGGGCCUUGGCGGCUUGCUCCAGGCGUCUACCUACUUGACUGGUUUGUCUGGUGGUAAUUGGCUCGUGGGAACCAUUGCUGUGAACAACUACACUUCGGUUCAGGAUAUUCUCGAUCAGGACGAUAUCUGGGACCUUUCUCGUUCCAUCGUCAACAUGGGCGGCUGGAACCCAAUCAAAAUCUACAACUACUAUAAGAACUUGGGCGACACUGUGGACGAUAAACGUGAAGCUGGCUACGAGGUUUCCUUGACUGACACUUGGGCUAGAGCCUUGUCCCACCAGUUUUUCCCUGAAGAGUCCGGGUAUGGCGCUGAUUUGUUAUGGUCAGAUAUCCAAGAUAUUGAAGCUUUCUCCAACCACGAGAUGCCUUUCCCCAUUGUUGUUUCCAACGGUAGAACGCCAGGAACCAAGCUUAUCUCUGCAAACUCCACUGUUUUCGAGACCAGUCCUUACGAGCUCGGCUCCUGGGACCCUUCAUUGCAUUCCUUCUUCCAGACAAAGUACUUGGGUACUGAAGCCAAAGAAGGCAAAAACAACGGCACUUGCGUUGGUGGUUUUGACAAUGCUGGCUUUGUUAUGGGCACUUCUUCUUCCUUGUUCAACCAGUUUGUCUUGCAAAUCAACACUACCUCUUUGUCCAGCACGGUCAAGAGUAUUAUCAGCAGCAUUCUCAACCUGGUUUCACAAGACGAGAAUGAUAUUGCCGUGUACGCACCUAACCCAUUUUACGAUGUCGACAAUGCAAGCUACACUAGUAUUGUUCAAAACGAUACUUUGUACUUGGUUGAUGGUGGUGAGGAUGGACAGAACGUGCCCUUGUACCCAUUGAUCCAACCUGUGCGUGAUGUGGAUGUCAUUUUCGCCUACGACAACUCUGCAGACACAGAUGCAUCCUGGCCAGAUGGUGCUUCUUUGGUGAAGACCUUUGAGAGACAGUUUGAGCCUCAAGGUGAAGGUUCCAUCUUCCCAUACGUUCCAGACGUGAACUCAUUUAUCAACAGAAACUUGACUGCUCGUCCAGCUUUCUUUGGAUGUGAUGCUAAGAACCUCUCAUCGUUGCUUGACGAUGAUAUGAGUGAUGAUGAUGUCUACAAGUCUCCAUUGAUCGUGUACACUGCCAACAGACCGUUCACAUACUAUGCUAACAGAAGUACAUUCAAGCUUUCCUAUGAAGACCCUGAAAAGUACGGAAUGAUCAAGAAUGGAUUUGAAGUCGCUUCCAGAUUAAACAUGACGCUUGACGACGAAUGGAGAGCCUGUGUGGGAUGUGCCAUCGUCAGAAGAGAACAAGAAAGACAAGGCAUUGAACAAACCGAGCAAUGUAAAGAGUGUUUCAGCAGAUACUGCUGGGACGGAACUUUGGAUGACAGGUCACCUUUUGUGAACUUCACCACCUACGGUACUACCAACGGUACCGAAGAUAACGGUAACAGAACCGUCAGUGCCGCCACCUCGCUUUUUGCAACCACCAGUGGCUCAUACGGGUGGCUUAGAAUGGUUGGCUACUCCCUCCUUGUGGCUUUUGUUUGUUCUGCCAACAUUUAG